AUGCACACUAUCAAUCAUAAUGUCAAAAUACAUACGAGCCGAAGACCCACCACAAUAAUAUCCGUUUACUCUUCCCAUUUCAUUUUUCUCUUUCUCAUCGCAUUCACAACUAUCCUGGUACAUUCAGCUGGCUCGCCUGUACCUGGACCACGAACUAAUCAUUGUGCCGUUACGUGGACAGACCCAACCGGGACUGCAUAUUUAUACGUAUAUGGAGGAACGGGAGCCUCAGAUUCCUCUCCAUUUUCGCGCAUACAAUUACCGCUUUCUUCAUCUUAUUCCAAUGCUUCGUGGACAAGCCUCUCGCAAGACAACAUGCUUGUCUUAUCUGAGGCAGCAUGUAUAGUUUCACCCGACAACAAAUAUCUCCUGGUUAUAGGAGGAACACUGGCGAAUGGAACCACACCCACGACUAGGCCAUUCCCCUCUGCGCUAGGAAUUCAAGCAUUUGAUCUACAACUUAAUAUAUGGAUAGCACCCCCUAUAAUAGAUAGUCCAACCGACGCCGUCGGUCCACUUCUAAGCGGAAGAAGAGGGUCGGUGGCUGCAAGCUAUAUGACUGGUGGGGCCAAGAGAGUCGUAGUAUAUGGUGGAUCACAUCCGAGUGGAGCUGAUAACAACCACCCCCGCACUUUUAUUCUCAGUAUGGACUCGGAUGACAGGUGGACAUGGGUUCCGAGAGUCUACGAUAGCUCAACCCCUCCUCCUCUUCAAUAUCCGGGGAUAUCUCUGAUAAAUAACAACCAAAUCAUCAUAAUAGGAGGACAACUUUUAAAUAGCCAAGGCACUCCUGUGACACCAGUAACUGAUGUCUAUACAUUUGAUGGUGCAGCAUUGAGGUGGGCGGGGAAGUCGGAUAAAUCGCUCAAGGCUCCCGUAUGUUCCACGUGUCAAAUAGCAGUAGGGAAUAACAAUCAGAUAUCUCUUUAUGUGAUACCCGGCGUAUCCUCUACAAACACGUCUGCAUUCAACAUUCAAGUUCUCUCUUUGGACAAGACAAUUAAGCAAUCCACUAUCCUAAAUCAGACGGCUGCCGAUAGUGUUUACGGUCCAAAAUCACCUACAUUUGCCUAUGCUUCAUUAAAGGACGUAAUGUACAUCCACGGAACUAGCGCAACAAUUAAUAACAUAGUCCAAUUCAAUUUGACGUCAGGAGCUUGGAUACAAGAUAACUCGUUUUUGGUGACAGCUAAUUCGACGUCGCAGCCAAAUACUACGCCUCCACCAGCACCGAUUGUUUCAACAAAAAAAUCAUCCUCGACUCUUCCCAUAAUAGUGGGUUGUUUAAUAGGAGUUUUAGGAUUGUUUGGCCUAAUUGCUCUAUUCAUGUACCGACGCCGGCUCAAGGAGAAAGCUGGGAGUGGUUACGAUGACAGAAAAGUAUCUGACGAUACUGAUAAUCUGGUAGACGACCAGGAAUCUGUGAGUGCUAUUGCUAAUCCGAGAGACUUCCUAUCUAACUUGAUGCGUAGAUUGAGUUCUCUUAAAACUGUUAGUGUGCAACUGGUUGAUGAGGAGAGAUCAGAUAAGCGUCAGUCAAGUGAAUUGGACAAAUGA